AUGUCUGUGAUCAAGUGUUUAUAUUAUGUGUUGAUAGUUUUAUUCUUGAAUUCGUUGAACACUACGAACGCCGAAAAUAUAACCAUUGUUCUAAAUAAUACCUUAACAUGGGGCAACAAAGAGCUUUAUAGUGAUUUUGUAAAUGUCACGGCUAAUUCUACAUUACAAGUUGACUGUAUAAACAAAAAUACUAAUGUAUCAUACAUAAUCUUCCAAGUACACAGCCAUUUGUAUAAUAUAACUCUGUAUAAUACUACAAAUGUGCAAGGAUCGUCUGUGUACGGUACAAAUGUUGGUUUAUAUAGUAGUGUACUACCGGCGAUUGAUACAUUUUUUAUAUGGAACCAAAAUGAAAUCGAUCUCAUCUUGUACAUCUCCAUCCAUGGAUAUGGUUUAAAUGACCCGAUCCCUGGUGGUUGCAAUAUGGAGUUCCCAGUGCCAAUAUCACCAUAUCUCCGAACUCAAUAUAAUAAAGAUUACAUCUUAGUUGACGCACCUUCACCCAAAGAUAAAAUGGACGUUAAGUGCAAUUCCAUUGAUGAAGUGGUGUUGGUAUUUUACAAAAUGAACUUACCGGAGCGAAGUUUCGAUGCCGACGUUUAUUUUGACGGUAUUAUGAAAAUGAUGACAAUUGACAAUAUACAGGAGAAUGGAGAAUUUAUACCUGACAACGGCCUACAUAAUAGACGUAUGCUAAGCGCAUAUCCCGGUGUAGGUUCUAUAUAUGUAGCAGUGGCAAUAAGCGUUGCUAAUUCAAGUGCAUAUUCAGUAUACGCCCCGACAUAUACUUACGCUUGUUCGCCGAUCGAAGAUGGAGAUUGUGACGUCUAUGAUGAUGCACUAUCGCAAAUAAUUCUGGCAUCUUUACUAUUUUUGGGUUUAUUUGUAUGUUAUUACGGACACAGGUUUUUUAAGACUGAGAUGUUUUUAAUAGGCCUAACGAGUGGCGGGAUUGUGACGUAUGUGAUUAUUUCAAUUAUGGCGGAUUUGGACAGACCAGCCCUCCUAGGCGCGUCAAUUUUAUCAGGAAUAUGUUUUGGAGCUAUAUGGCUCCUAUUUUGGUGGUUCUAUGGAAUACCAUUACUAGCUGUUUUCCUUUCAACUUUAAAUGUUGGAUUUUUGUUUUCGGCAAUUAUUUAUAAUGGAUUACCAGGUGGGCUAAUAGCUUUACAAUCAGAUGUCAACUUCUGGUCAUUAUUCAUUUUCAUAAUGCUCACAACCUCUUUGCUUCUGGUGUCUAUGACUCUGCUGUCAAAUAUACUUUGUUGCGCGAUACUCGGCGCCUACGCAGUUGUAUACUCUAUGGAUUACUAUAUGGGAUCCAGUGUUAGGUAUAUCAUUAUAAAUUCGGUGCGGAGAGCGACGGUACCGAAAUUCAAUCGUGCUGUUUUGUCACCUCCUUUUGAAUGGAAGGAUUCCCUUAUGUGUUUGUUAUGGGUAGGAUUGGCUAUGUCUGGAUUCCUACUCCAACACUUCCAGAACUAUGGCCGGCCCCCUUUCCCCCCGCCACCCAGGAGUGUAAGACCUGGAGUACCGAGGUCCUUUUAUGGAACAACGGUUCUUGGAUCUGGACGUCAACCACGUGUCGUAUCGAGACAUCCACGCAGCACGGUAGCCAGCGAACGGUCUCCGUUGUUAGCGUAA